AGGAGAAGGACGUCCCGCCUGUCAUAUGACUUAUAUGUGCUCAGGUUUGAGGCUUAGCUUAUAGCGCUGCUGCACCGGGUCACACUCGGUCCGGGCGUCUCUUGCUGUCUGUCUGCUCAGAUAAACCAUCCACCCGUCGCAAUGGCUGUCCGCGGUUUUCUGCCUCUGCUCUUUAUCCUGCUGAGUGGUAUUGUUCAUGCUGAUGAUAUGAUGACAUCACCACUGCCCUCAACAGCAGAGCUCAAAACAGCCAACCUCCCCCUAGUCAUCCAGACUACUUCAUCUACUACAUCUACUACAACCACCUCCAGGCCCUCUUCAACUUCCACUCAUUCCACUCUGACUACAGAACCUGCAGCUAAAACCACUACUGCACGCACCACAGUUACCACUUCAGCUCCAACUUCCACACAAAGCACUAGUAGUUCUAGCACCAGUGCUACAGUUACCACAUUAGCUCCAACUACCACAGGACACAACACAACCAAUUCUACCACAGAACCGCCAACUACCACAGGACACAACACGACAAAUUCUACUACAGAUGCGCCAACCACCACACACACCAAUGCUACAGUAGCCCCGACCCCUCCUCCGACGACUCCUUCUGUACCAAAACCGACUGUUGGAAACUACAGUGUCAAGACCGACAAUGUCUCAGACUGUCUGCUGGCAAAGAUGGGCCUUCAGUUCAGCUUCAAAAUAAGUGGGAACGCCAGCCUUCAGACUGUUAAUCUGGACCCUAAUGUGACUAAAGUGAAUGGGACCUGCGGAAGUGGUGGCAGUGACUCUUCCCUCUUUCUGACGUCAAAAGACAUCACUGUACAUUUUGUCUUCACAAACGAUUCUCAGAAGUUCCGUCUACAUGCUUUGACACUGACUGUUGAUCUUGGAAAUGGAAACAUUUUCAAUGACUCCAAUACUAAUCUGUCUCUGUGGGAGGCUUCUGUCGGGAGCUCCUACAUGUGCAGAAAAGAGCAGAGCUACAACAUCAGUGACAAGCUUACCCUCAACACAUUUGAGCUACAAGUGCAGCCCUUUGACGUCAAGAAGAACUCCUUUAGCACAGCUGAGGAUUGUGAAGCAGAUGAGCCUGAUAACUUCAUUGUCCCUAUAGCGGUGGGAGUUGCCCUGGCGGUCCUCGUUGUUGUCGUUUUAUUGGCCUAUCUGAUUGGACGAAAGAGAAGUCAAAACUCUGGCUAUGAGCAAUUCAAUUAGUUCUAAUAAUCAUCAAAUCACGUUCUGCAAAGUCUCCCGCAGUAUUUCAGAAAUUGAGUCAUUAGUACAAGUGCACAUGAAAUUUAUUACUGUUUUUGGCCAAUAUAUUGGUGUGGGGAUUUUCUUCUAAAAUGCUCCUGGGUGGCAUAUGACUGCUAUUCUGCAAUGAAGUUCUGUUGUGAUCUAACAUUGGGAUAAUCACUCACCAUCCCUUUCUCUCUCUGUCUCUCCUUUCUCCCAGCGGAGGAGUGCUUUCUGGAUUCUGAUUUGAGUUUUCUUGUGCCCAUUGCUGUGGGUGUGGCACUCAGCUUCCUAAUCAUCCUAGUGCUAAUCUCUUACCUGAUUGGCCGGCGGAAGAGUCGUACUGGUUACCAGUCUGUAUAACCACCUGCCCUGCCGCCGUCUUGCCUACUAACCCAGGCUUGCCCUUUACCACUUAUUUUACCUCCUCCUCUUCCAAUCCUGUUGGCUUUCUCAUUUUACCCUGCAAACAGUCCAACCCUCCGGUUUCUAACAUGUUUGAUUGCCAUUUACAUCUCUAUUUAUUUUCUCUGUGCAAUCUUAAUAUUUUUCUGAAUGGCGUGAGUUUUAUUCCUGCUUGAUCUCACCAGAAGCAAUGUCAGCAGGCAUGAUUUGGUGUAAGCACAGGCUGUCUGAAAUAACCACUGGUAUUGCGCUGUAUGUUAAAUGCAUGGAGAAAAAAAGGAUUUCUUUUUAUGGGAGAUUUGGUUUAUAUUCCUGUUCUGAGGAUGCUGUGAUUUUUCGUGAACUUAUUAUGAAUGAAUGAUGCAAUUCUAGAUUUUAGGAAUAUGGUUUGAGUUGAACCAUUGAAUGUAAUUGUUCAGUUGUGUAAUCGUACUCCUGCACAUUCGUGGCCCCAAAUUAAGGAUCAAGUAUCCUGGCACAUUUCUAAAUCAGCAGAGCUAAUAAGUUACACAUUUGCACUUGGCACAUUGUAUUGUUAUAAAGGGAAACUUUUUGUUUUGACUUUUUGUACCAGCAUUUAAAUAUUGUCAUGAUUUCAUUAAUUCCAUUUGGUCCCUCUCAGGGAAUGUUGGAAGUGUUAUAAUAGGCCUGUUAAUACAUGGGGUUUGUGCAGUUUUAGCUAUUCCAUUUUAUUAUUUUUUUUUUCUUUUUAGAGAGCUUUACAAACUAGUUUUUAAAGACCAAAGCUACAAUUUCCAUUUUUUUCACUUAUCGUUAAUGACUUAUCCAAUCCACUUCAUUAUACAGUAUUUUUCUCUAGUCAUUGUGUCCUCAGGAUUUUUUUUUUUUUUUUUGUUUAAAAACACACUAAAGAAAGAAUAUCAUUGUUGUACUAUAUAGUGUGCCUUUUUAGUUGCAUUUCUUUGUUCCUUCUCUGUAGGAUUGAUUUCUGCCAGGUUAAGAAUGUUGGUUCAAAGUGGAAAAGAUUUAAAUAAAAUUGCUUUUUGUUUUUGUACAUUA